CUUUUUUUCUUUUAUCAGCUCCCAACCGGUUCUAUAUAAUGCAGCCACAACAGUCAUUUGGGACACAAGAGAGUGAGCGCAACAUGGGGAUUUCGGCUUUAUAUCCUCCAGGCUGUCAAUGUGCUUUUGGUCUUUUAAAGAAGAGUGAAUUUUGUCGUUUUUACUGCAGCAGGAUAUCUCUAAACACCACAACAUCUGCAUCUAGGCGGAUGUCUUCUGAACAAAAGGAUGGGAAGCUGUUCACCGAAGCCUGAGGCCUUGCCUUCUGAAGAGCAUAAUUGGAUACAGACAGUCACGCUUUCACACAGUAAAUAGAAUUAUUCUAUUUUUUUGUUAUUGCUUCUUGUUUACUCAUGAAUUCAAAGUAAACUCAGGUGACAAACAUCAGACAUAAGGAAGCAAAAUUCAGUUCCGCCCCUGUUGACAGAAGAAGAAAUGAGGCCGUCUGAAAGGAACGUAAAGCAUUUGUUUCAGCAUCAAAAUGUCACUGCUGACCUUUUGUCCCAGGGAAAAGAAACAUAUUGACAGGGAUGAUAACAAGUGCACUGAGAGAUUCCAGGACUUCUCCAAAUGUCCUGCUUGUAACAGAGAUAAUGAGGAGAUCCUAAUCCUGCCAUGUUCUCAUACCAUGUGCGUUCACUGUAUAAAAAGGGAAGGAGAGAAGAGGUCAGUUCAGUCUCCCCGUUAUGAUGUGAGCCCACGUGCCUGCUCAGUGUUGUGUCCAUUAUGUAUGUAUGACGUGGAGCUGCCAUGCAGGAUGUGGUCAACAGCUCCAUUCUGUCUCCCAAAAUAUCCUUCUCUUAAGUCUGAAUGUGUCCCACCUGAGGACACAUCGGAACCACACCAACCACCACCUUCAAGCAUGCAAGGGCGCUCCAAUGCUGUGACUGCACAGGAAGUGACAACACAAUGUUCCAGUGCGUGCAGCUUCACUGUAUCACCAGCUGAGGGCGAUGUAGAACUACAAGAGGAGGCGAUGGAGCGGUCUGUUUUUGGUUUACAUUUCUCUCUGGACCCAGUAACAGCCCACCCUUCGCUCCAUCUGUCCAACUCCUCCCUCACCGUGACUUACCAUAAAGCUAUCUCUCCUGAUCUGCUUCCAAACAAUGUCAAGAGAGUAAUGAUGACCUCUGACCCUCGGGUGAUGGAUUACCUCCCUCAAGUUUAUGCUGAUGUUGUCAUUGUACAAGGGCAGUAUUACUGGGAAGUGGAGGUCUGCAACAGUUCUCUCUACAAAAUUGGUGUGAGCUCUCCGGACGGUCGUGAAGGCUGGUUUCUGGAAAGACAGGGUUUGUCGUUUUUUACUGUUUAUGAUGGAAGAAGGGAAUUGCUCAACACUGUCCCACCUCAGAUCAAAACCAUUGGACUCUUUCUUAAUUUUGGAGGAGGUGUUCUGAGCUUCCAUAACCCUGUGACCCAGGAGCAUCUCGUCACCAUGCCUACCCGCUUUAAUCCGCUAGGAGUGUUGCCAACUGUGGGCCUCGCUCAGGGUUGGCUACGUUUGCGUUGCGGCCUUCCCCCUCCUCUCCAUGUUUUCCUCAGUAAAAACUCAGCCUUUAGAGGGCCCUGUGGAUCUGGUAGAGGCCGGGGGCGGAGGGAUAUUCCCUUCCACUCAGUACGGAAAGUUAUACAGAAGUUUGAGGAGAUGUCAGCUACGAAUUUUGCUGUAAAAUCUCGUUUUGGAUCACCCUGCUCCUGAGGAUUCUGUGAUACAAAUCUCUCUGGGCACACAGGACAGGAAACAGGCAGAAGACAAUUCUACUCCAUAAUGGAGACAUCCAUUGACAGACUCACAAAUCCUCAGAAAGGUUUGAUCAAUGGGUGCAAUUUGAAAGGCAAAUGUUCCAUAUUGAAGGACUUUCAGAUGCUUCCUUCAAUUCUCUGUGUGACCCCAGACCUCUAAUUGACUCUCUCCCCAGGAGACAGUUCUUUCCCUCAAUCAAUCACCCCCGCUGCUCUGGGCUUGAUCCAGAAUGAGUCCUCAGUAUUACGAAGUGUAAGGAAAGGGUGGGCUGCUACCAGUAUGACUUCUUAAUUUGUCUCUGUGUGACACUCGUCUGACAGUAGGUGUCCUUGCACUCCCAACGCAUCCCUGUACGCUUGAGCAUUAGUUCUACGACCCGAAGUGUGUGCUUUUGUAUUGCUGGUAUGUAAACAAGCAGAAAUAAAGUGUAAGGUGAGAAAGAGAGGUGUAAGUACAGUGACACCAGUGGUGUCAACUCAGAGCAGCAAUAACAGGUGGUACCACACGUUUAUCCCACGCUCUGCCUUCGAUCAGACAGUAGGCUGCCCUUUCUUGACCCUUUCGAACCACAGGACUCCUUAAAACUUCAAAAGGGACAGCAGAGCGCAAGAGAACAGAGAAGGAGGGGGGGGGGGAGAGAAAACAGCAUGCAUGAAAUAAAGACAGCAGGUGACGGUCAAAAGAAAUGAGCUGAAGGAGGAUUUCCCAGCAGUUUUCAAGCCAAGACUCCCUGAAAAGAUCAAAUGUCUUUGGCUGAAAAUUAAUUUAAAACUGCCACUGAGUUGCGUUGGCCAAAAAAAUUACAUUAGAAGUGUGGCGUCAGUAUUUCCUUUGCACAUUUGUCGGUCAUACUUUGCAAAUAUAUUUACAAUGGGGGAAAUAAUUAAAUGAUACUGUACUUUCAAAGGUUUGCUCCCUUACUCAAACAUUAACAUUCAAUGGCAUAAAUACACACAAUAAAAAAGUUCACAAAUGUGCAUUUUACAAACUGU